CAUCCUGUCCGCAAAUCAGAAACACGUCACUCAAAUUGGACGAUUCGCACCAUCUUCACCACGCCAGAUAUUCUUCUUCUCUCUCUCCCUCCUCUCCCUCUCAUUUUCUGAUCAUCACCGCUGCAGUGUCGCAGAAAUUUGAUCGGGGUGUGUGUGUAUAUAUAUUUAUAUAUAUAUAUAUAUAACCUGUAUAGGCAGAUAGUUUGAGAGAGGGAAAGGGAGAUCGGGCUUCGCCACCCAAUCGGGAGGAAAUGGCUCUGAGACGCAUUCUCACGCAGGUCAUGGGGCAGCAGUUGAAAAAUGUAUCCCCUCGAUUGAAUUUCACUAUCCAAAGGGUUGGAGGGAAAAGACUUUUGGGUGCUCAAGAAAGGUUUCAGUCAAGUUAUGCUGGCAGUUUAUCUCGCAGGGUACGUGAUACAGAUGGAUCAAGUGAUGCUGCAUAUCUCAGAGAGCUUUAUCACCGAAAUGAUCCUGAGGCAGUCAUAAGAUUAUUUGAGAGUCAACCUUCAUUGCAUUCUAACCCGUCUGCACUCUCUGAAUAUGUUAAAGCAUUGGUUAAAGUUGAUCGACUGGAUGAAAGUGAGUUGCUGAAGACGCUACAGAGAGGCAUUGCAGGUGCUGUUAGCUCACAAGUGCCGGAAGAUAGUUUAGGGGGCUUAUCAGCUUUCAGGAAUGUGGGAAAACAUACAAAAGAUGGUGUUCUUGGAACUGCUAGUGCACCUAUACAUAUGAUGGCUGCAGAAGGAGGGCAUUUCAAGGAACAAUUAUGGCGCACUUUUCGGACUCUUGGCAUGAGCUUCCUCUUGAUUUCAGGUGUAGGGGCACUAAUAGAAGAUAGAGGAAUUAGUAAAGGACUUGGUCUAAAUGAAGAAGUGCAACCAAGCAUAGAAUCUAACACAAAAUUUAAUGACGUAAAGGGAGUUGAUGAGGCAAAAGCUGAGUUGGAGGAAAUUGUUCACUAUCUUCGAGAUCCUAAGAGGUUCACGCAUCUUGGUGGGAAGCUUCCAAAAGGUGUUUUGCUUAUUGGUCCACCAGGCACUGGGAAGACCAUGUUAGCAAGGGCUAUAGCAGGGGAAGCUGGGGUGCCAUUUUUCUCAUGCAGUGGCAGUGAGUUUGAAGAAAUGUUUGUGGGUGUUGGAGCCCGAAGGGUGAGAGAUCUCUUCUCUGCUGCAAAGAAACGAUCACCAUGUAUCAUAUUCAUUGAUGAAAUAGAUGCCAUAGGAGGAAGCCGUAACCCAAAGGAUCAGCAGUACAUGAGGAUGACCUUGAAUCAGUUGCUUGUUGAAUUGGAUGGGUUCAAAGAAAAUACAGGGAUCAUUGUGAUUGCAGCAACUAAUUUCCCUGAAUCGUUGGAUAAGGCAUUAGUGAGACCAGGACGAUUUGAUCGUCACAUUGUUGUCCCAAAUCCAGAUGUUGAAGGACGGAAGCAGAUUUUGGAAUUUCACAUGUCAAAGGUUCUUAAGGCAGAUGAUGUUGAUAUGAUGAUCAUUGCCAGAGGAACUCCUGGCUUCUCAGGUGCUGAUCUUGCUAACUUGGUCAAUAUUGCAGCUCUCAAGGCUGCAAUGGAUGGUGCUAAAGCUGUGAGCAUGUCUGAUCUAGAGUAUGCAAAGGACAAGAUCAUGAUGGGUAGUGAGCGCAAGUCAGCUUUUAUAUCUGACAAGACUAGGCGUAUGACAGCUUACCACGAAGGUGGUCAUGCUCUUGUGGCCAUUUAUACUGAUGGUGCUCUCCCAGUGCACAAGGCUACAAUUGUGCCAAGGGGAAUGUCUCUCGGCAUGGUUACCCAAUUGCCAGAGGUCGAUCAGACAAGUAGAUCUCGGAAGCAGAUGCUUGCCGGGCUUGAUGUUUGCAUGGGAGGACGAGUUGCAGAAGAGCUCAUCUUCGGAGAAAGUGAAGUUACUUCAGGUCCACAAUCUGAUCUCCAGAAAGCAACUAAUCUUGCCAGAGCUAUGGUUACCAAGUAUGGCAUGAGCAAAGAAGUUGGAGUGGUUACUCACAACUACCAUGGGAAGAGCAUGAGCACCGAGACAAGGCUCCUCAUCGAGAAGGAAGUCAAAGAUUUCUUGGAAAGGGCUUACAACAAUGCAAAAACCAUUCUCACCACCCAUAGCAAGGAGCUCCAUGCUCUUGCCAAUGCUCUGCUAGAGCAUGAGACACUGACAGGAAGUCAGAUAAAGGCUCUGCUUGCUCAAGUCAACUCCCAGCAGCAGCAACAGCAACAGCAACAUCAAAUUGUUGCACCACAGAACACUUCUCAAUCCAACCCAUUGCCACCUUCGACACCCAAUCCAGUAGCUUCUGCUGCAGCUGCAGCAGCUGCCGCAACUGCAGCCGCCAAGGCUAAAGGAAUCGCCCCUGUGGGAUCUUAGCAGGUAAAAUGUACUUUUAAGACAUACAUUAGGUGAUUAUUUUCCAUAAUUCAAUGUGCAUAUUCUUAAUUUUAAAUGCAAGCCCAUUUUUCUGGAGAAGAAUCAACUUCAACUGCUGCCAAUGUGGUUCUACUUGAGCUCGGCUGAAGGUGGUUGAUGAUUGAUGUCAGUAACAUGACCAUGUUGAGUGUAGUUAGCUGUUAUGUUUUAAGUUUAUAUGACCACUUUCGACCAUUUUAAUAUUCUGAAGUAGUAGAGCUUCAUGUUCACUUUCA